GGAUAUGCCACAAAAGGAUCCAUGCCAGAAACAAGCCUGUGAAAUACAAAAAUGUUUACAAGCCAACAACUAUUUGGAAUCGAAGUGUCAGGCUGUCAUCCAAGAACUUCGUAAGUGUUGUGCUCGAUAUCCCAAAGGAAGAUCUCUUGUCUGCUCAGGAUUUGAGAAAGAAGAGGAAGAGAACUUGGCAAUGAAGUCUGGAUCCAAGUAAAGUUGUACUGAGAUGUUAAAUUCUGUUCCAUGUUUCCCUCAAGCAUGUUUUAUUUACUGUUCCUCCUUCAAUCUAGGUAACAGCAAACAACAAAUUAAAAUGUCAAUUGUAAGAGCAAAUAUGUUAUCUAUGCAAAAUAGACCAAAUAUCAACCUAUAUAGAGAAUAAAUAUGUAUAAUUUAAAAGGGAGCUGCUAAAAUAAACCUGUUUUACUUUAAA